GAUGAAUCAUGAAAGUACCAAUUGCCAUAUGUCGAAAACUGGAACCUUACAUCCACAUGUAAUCUUGUCACUUCAACUGUCCAAUGUUUCCACAUAUUCUAUAUGACGUGUACCCUUUCACCACCAUGAUCUUCAAAACUCAAACUUCUUCUGAGCUUGCAAAGUUUCUCAAAUUCAUUCCUUUAUAUUCUACAUAUGUAACAAUAUCUUAGAUUUUUUAAGAAUAUAUUUCAGACCCACAUACCCUUUGUUGGAUUUGAGCUGUUUGUUCAUUCCCCAUGGCUCUUCAUAUAAGCAGUGCUUGUUUUACUGUUAUGGGUCACUCUAGAGGUCACAGAAUAAGAGCUGUGGCUUCAGAGGGUUCUGCUACUCUUAAGACAGUGGAAGAGAAGGUGAAGUUGGGUGGUUCUGAUUUGAAGGUGACCACACUUGGAAUUGGAGCUUGGUCUUGGGGUGAUACUACUUACUGGAACAAUUUUGAGUGGAAUGAUAGAAAUGAGAAGGCUGCUAAAGCUGCUUUUGAUGCCAGUAUUAAUGGAGGUUUAACCUUUUUCGACACUGCUGAAGUUUACGGGUCUGGGCUCGCUUUCGGAGCCGUAAAUUCAGAGACUCUUCUUGGAAGAUUUAUUAGGGAAAGAAAAGAAAAGGAUCCAAAUGUUGAAGUUGCAGUUGCAACCAAGUUUGCAGCACUGCCAUGGAGAUUCGGCCGUGAAAGUGUUAUCACUGCCCUUAAAGAUUCCCUUUCUCGACUAGGACUGACUUCAGUUGAUCUUUAUCAGCUUCAUUGGCCUGGAGUAUGGGGAAAUGAAGGCUAUAUUGAUGGUCUGGGUGAUGCUGUUGAAAAGGGACUUGUAAAGGCUGUUGGUGUUUCAAACUAUAGUGAAAAGCGACUCCGCGAGGCAUAUGAGAAGCUCAAGAAGAGAGGCAUUCCAUUGGCUUCAAACCAAGUAAACUACAGCCUCAUCUAUCGGGCCCCGGAAGAAAAUGGUGUAAAGGCUGCCUGUGAUGAACUUGGGAUUUCAAUUAUUGCAUAUUCACCAAUUGCUCAAGGUGUUCUUAGUGGAAAGUAUACUCCUAAUAAACCACCAACCGGUCCUCGAGGCAGAAUUUAUACACCAGAAUUCCUAACAAAGCUCCAACCUUUGCUGAACAAGAUCAAUGAAAUAGGAGAGACGUAUGACAAAACUCCUACACAGGUAUCCCUGAAUUGGCUGGUAGCUCAAGGCAACGUUGUGCCGAUCCCCGGAGCUAAGACACCAGAGCAAGCUGAGGAAUUCAGAGGUGCACUUGGAUGGAGACUGAGUGGUGAAGAGGUUGCUGAGCUGCGAAGUUUGGCUUCAACAAUUAAGCCUGUUAUUGGUUUUCCCGUUGAAAAGCUCUAGAAUAUAGUUAAGCAUUAAACAGUUGUAGCACACACCAUAUAAAUCAAUUCGAUUCAAUUGUAAAGCUAUUGAGUCCAGCAAAAGGUAAAAUGAAAUUGUACCCCUUGCACAUUUGUAAUUAUGAGCAAAUGAUAUAUUGGCAUACGUAGCUCUUAAUGAGUCCUGUUAUCUACCA